AUGUCCAACUCUGGCGAAGUGAACCAACAGUAUUUCAACAAAAUCGCCGCCGAUUACGACAAGCGAUUCUCUAAAUUCUUUGAUGCUCUCAAGACCGAGCUACAGAGUAGCGUUGAAUUCAUCGGUAUCAAGAACUGUGGAAGGCUUCUCGACUACGCCUGCGGCACGGGCUUUUUGUCUGUGUCUCUGUUCCAAGCCAUUGGCCAGGCUGUAGGUGUAGAUAUCACCGAGAACAUGGUUGGCGCCUACAACACCAAAGCCAUCAACGCUAAUAUACCGGAAGACCAACGAAAAGCAUAUAUCGGAAAUCUCCUCAGUACCCCUCCGUCGACGAGCCUUGACGGCCCUCUCUUCCAUGGCUUCGACGUUGCCGGCGUUGGUAUGGGAUUCCACCAUUUUGAGGAUACCACGCUGGCAGCAACGCGCCUGGCCGAGCGCCUCGUAACGGGCGGCUCGCUGUUUAUCCUCGACUUCUUGCCGCACGGCCCGGACCCGCACCACAACGCCGCGCGGGGCGUUCACCACCUUGGCUUUAACGAAGACAACACCCGCAAGAUGUUUGAGUCAGCAGGCGCGGGGGCUGAUUUUGCGUAUAGGGAGCUCAACACAGAGGUGGUAUUUGACAAUACGCCGGAGCAGGGACAGACCAUGCAUCGCCGGCUGUUCCUUGCCAGAGGCACCAAGGCUGCCUAA